AUGGACACUAGUCCAGUGUCAGGUUCUUUCCUAUUUACUAUCUCUGAUCCUGCAAGGCUCAGUAUGCCCGUAUAUUCUCCUCCAUUUGCUACUUCAUACAAUACCUUUUGGCAGCUCGAAUUUCAUCCUAUAUCUGUAGACAAUCCAGAAUAUUGUGCUCUAUAUUUGAACGCUGUGGCCAAUCCCCAAGAACAAGUUACGACUCAGAAAUGGGAUGGACGAAGCAUGCUUUCGGCCGAACUGUUUGCUCGAUUGACUACAGAGCAAAGCACUGGUCCUGAUGCCAUAAUGUCAUUACCUAUGACUCAAUUAAAUCCAAAUGGAAAUGGUCGAAUUGAGCUGGGUUAUUUGAGUAACUACUCUAUAAAGAACCCCAGUUGGGGAAAGCGGACUCUAAUUGAAAGAACGCAUUUCAACGUCAAUAAUGUCAAUAAUGUCAAUAAUGUCAGUCCAAGUGUCAACCGUAGAUAUCGCAUACCUAUCAACAACAAUACACCCACAAAGGUAGAACUAACUAUCGGAGUUAAAUUUCAGUCAACUGAGAUGGCACCAUGUUCAUUUCAAGCCCCGUUACCUGGCAAACCAUUCCCAAAGGAGAUACUUCAAGUCCUCGAAGCAGAUCUCAAUAAAUCGGAUCGAGCUGAUGUCCAAUUCAAUCUAGUGGAGGGUGUUGUCUUCGCAAACUCUUCUGUGCUGUGCAAAAGAUCAGAGUAUUUUAGUAAUAUGUUGCAGGGUAAUUGGUCAGAAUCAAUUAUUCGUUCUCAAAAACAGCGGAAGCGACAACGUACUCCUAUAUCUGUUGAUGAUAAUAUACCGCAUUCCAUAUCCUCCCCAUCAUCCGACGAUGAUGUAGUUGAGAUAAACUCUAACAUAAAAUACAGAAUUAAUGUUCCCGAUAUACCCAAAGAAGCAUUUCUCGAUAUGCUCCGAUAUCUAUACACAGACCAAGUGUCGAUACCUGUAGGCGAUGAAGCAUAUAAGGCAGCAUUAGAUCUCUUUGCGACAGCUGACAAAUACCUUUUAACUGAUCUCAGGCAGAGAGCAAAAGCAGAGAUAUAUCAAUUACUUAGUCCUGAUAACGUCGUUGAUAUCUUAUUUGGCACUGCAUGGAAGUGGCCUGAUCUCAAGGCAGACCUGAUGGCAUACAUUGCAGAAAACGUCAGAGCUGUUAAGGAAAGCGAUUCAUUUAAGAAUUUGGGAGACGAUUCAUUGGCAUAUCCAAAGAGUGUUGAGUUGCUAAAGGAUUUAAUGGUGAUGUUAUACGAGAAAAAUGGCGAAUGA